UGUUGUAGUUUCCAUGGAAAUAAAUGAGGCAUUACUUUCAGAGCGAUCUAAAUAUUUCCAUAUGUUUCAUCUAAAAAUGUGGGUUUUUUUACUGAAUCUAUGUAUUGGAGAAAUGCCUAUCUUAAAUUGAAAAUUUCAUGUAACUGUAUAUAUAAGCAAUUUUUUAAUUAAUCUGGAAUGCAAAAAUGUAAUCUUUUGACUGGUUGUACACCAGUCAUUCUAAAUUCACUUGGAAAAAAGAAAUUUACUCCAGAUGACAUAUUCGUGUUUUGUGGUUCACUUGUUUCUGAUGACAAUGUGUUCACUUCAGAUAGGACUAAAUUGGAAUUUAUUUGUUCUAAUAAAUACUUGUUAAAAUUGCUAGGAGCCAUAUAUGGAAGGGGUAAAUCCAUUCAUCAAGAGUAACAAACAUCGCAUGAUCAUGUUCUUAGAUGAACUUGGGAAUGUUCCUGAGCUUCCAGACACUACAGAGCAUUCUAGAACUGACUUAUCUCGUUAUCUGGCAGCCUUGCAUGAGAUGUGUGUUGCACAUUCAGAUGAACUUCGGACACUCAGUAACGAGCGAGGUGUAAUGCAGCAUGUUCUUAAGAAGCUGUUGGCUAUUACAGAACUGCUUCAACAAAAACAAAAUCAGUAUUCAGUGUCUAAUAACAUCAUGUAGCAACCUGAAUUCUGCAUGGAUCCUGCAUGUCUAGCAUGACAGCUCACACCAGUAUCACCUUGGUUUUUUUGGCUCUUGCCAAAAACAGAACACCCUGUCAAAUUCCCAGUGAUGUGCGAACUAUACAACAAAAAAGCAAAGAUUAUUUUAGUGAAUCAUUGUACUAGCAGCUUUUUAAGCUAUCUGUGCAGGACAGUUGCACUUUUCCUCUUGGAACCGGCUCUUACGUACAAUGAGACUUGGUGUACAGUUUACCUUCUGCAAAGAAAAUGCUGUGACUGUCUUGAAAUUAGAAAAUUACUUUCAGCAUCUCCAAUUGUCAAAGCUUUUCCGUCUUGUUGGAAAAGAAUACACAACUGAAAGCAAUGUAUAAUUGUAUUACAUUUCUUAUUGUAAUUUCUGCCUGGUUACAGUUAUGAUGACUUUGACCUUUUCAACCACUUGACCUUCUAUUUACAGUUUGUAGAAUUUGAUGGUCAUGAUAAAAACAGUCUUUGCUGUACACUUUUUAUACUAUGUUGUUUCUCUUGCUGGAAGGUUGUCAAAAGAGAAUUUAAAGAACGGGUCUUUAACGUGCCACUGAUUUGGUCUAAAUAAUUCUUCCUACAGUAACUAUAUCCAUCCAUAUAAAUCACAAUGCUUUCAUAAGAUGUCUAUGACAGUAAAUAAUUUUAAUUCAAUGAAUUUAUGAUUGUAUCAGACUUGCAUGCAUCCAUUAAAACAUUUUAUAAAAUAUUUAUUGGCU